AUCCCGGGGACAUUGGGGAAGAGCACACUACCUUUGUAGUUUUUUUUAGGUUUGGAAGCUAUGGCGGAUAGAGCAGUGACUGCUGCUAUGUCCGAUGUAAACACAACUGUCCACUCAACGGCGAAUUCCAUGGCAUAUUUACAAGAUGAGAUGAAGCCUGACACAGAUGCCAUGGCCCCGCUCAACCUGGGUGACUUGGACUUGACCACAGAUGAGUUCAUCUUGGAUGAGGUGGACAUUCACAUACAGGCUAAUCUUGAAGAUGACUUGGUGAAGGAGGCGUUGAAAACGGGAGUUGACCUCCGGCAAUACUCUAAACAAGUGGAGGAUGAACUCCAACGGAUUGAACAAGCUUCCAUCAAAGACUAUAUCAAGGAGAGCCAGAAUAUUGCCUCUCUGCACAACCAGAUCACAGCCUGUGACUCCAUACUGGAGCGAAUGGAGGGCAUGCUGAGUGGCUUCCAGAGUGACCUCUCGUCCAUCAGCAGUGAGAUCCAGACUCUGCAGCAGCAGUCGGUCAGCAUGAACAUGCGGCUGAAGAACAGGCAGGCUGUACGCAGCCACCUCAGCCAACUGGUGGAUGAGCUGGUGGUGCCCGGAGCUAUGAUCCAGGUAAUCUUGGAGAGCCCGGUGACAGAGCAGGAGUUCCUUGAGCAGCUCCAUGAGCUCAACAACAAGAUCAACUUUGCCAAAGAGCUCAGCUUCAGGGAGACUUUGGCCUGCUCUGACAUCCAGGACAUUGUGGACCGCCUCAAAAUCAAGGCUGUCACAAAGAUCCGAGAAUUUAUCCUGCAGAAGAUUUAUUCCUUCAGAAAGCCCAUGACCAACUACCAAAUCCCCCAGAACACCCUCCUCAAGUACAGGUUUUUCUAUCAGUUCCUCUUGGCAAACGAAAGGACAGUGGCCAAGGAGAUCAGGGAUGAAUAUGUGGACACCAUGAGUAAGAUCUACUACAGUUACUUCAAGUCGUACAGCGGCAGGCUCCUCAAAGUACAGUAUGAAGAGGUGGCAGACAAAGAUGACUUGAUGGGAGUGGAAGACACGGCCAAGAAAGGUUUCUUCUCCAAGCCCUCCCUGAAGAGCAGGAACACCAUCUUCACCCUGGGCCAGCGGGGGGCCGUGCUGAGCCCUGCCGAGCUGGAGGGGCCCAUCCUCAUCCCCCACACUGCCCAGAGAGGGGACUGCAGGUAUCCCUAUGAGACGCUGUUCCGCAGUCAGCACUACGCCCUCUUGGACAACGGCUGUCGAGAGUUCCUCUUCCUGUCUGACUUCUUCAUGGUGGCUGGAAAUUCUGCGCUGGACCUCUUCAACAGCGUCAUGGGAAAGACGCUCAGCUUGUUCCUGAAGAGCAUGUCCACCUAUGUGUCGGACUGCUACGACAGCAUCGCCGUGUUCCUGUGUAUCCACAUCAUCCUGCGUUUCAGAGCCAUCACAAACAAGAGGACCAUCCCAGCCCUGGACAAGUACUGGGAUGCGGUGCUGGAACUGCUGUGGCCCAGGUUUGAGCUUAUCCUGGAGAUGAACAUUCAGAGCAUCCGCAACACGGAUCCUCAAAAACUGGGCGUGUUGGACACCAGACCACACUAUAUCACACGCAGAUAUGCAGAGUUCUCUUCUGCCAUAGUCAGCAUUAACCAGACAUUCACCAGCGAGCGAACCCACACCCUCCUUGGCCAACUUCAGGUUGAAGUGGAGAACUUUGUCCUGAAGAUGGCUGCAGAGUUCCCUUCACGCAGGGACCAGCUCAUCUUCCUCAUCAACAACUACGACAUGAUGCUCAGUGUACUCAUGGAGAGGGCAGCUGAUGACAGUAAAGAGGUUGAGGGUUUCCAACAGCUCCUCCAGGCCAGGAGCCAGGAGUUUAUUGAGGAGAUUCUGUCCUCUCCCUUUGGUGGCAUGAUAGCAUUUGUGAAGGAGAGCGAGGCGCUGACAGAGAAAGGGCAGCUGGAUAGACUAAAGAAUGACGAAGCCCGGAUCACCCAGCUGGUCAGGGGUUUCUCCAGCACAUGGAAACAGUCUGUGGAGGCUCUGAGUCAGGACGUCAUGAGGUCCUUCACCAACUUCAAGAACGGCACUGGCAUCAUUCAGGGAGCGCUCACUCAGCUGAUCCAGUACUACCAUGGUUUCCACAAGGUACUGGCCCAGCCCACCUUUCGCAGCCUGGCCGUGCGCUCUGAGCUCAUCAAUCUGCACCACCUCAUGGUCGAAGUCAAGAAACACAAGCCGAACUUCUAACUGGACACUCCAAGACUAGACUUAGGAAUGACGUGAUGGAUUAAAGGAAGGAGCUCAAAAUCUGACAUGGCCUGAUUGGAAACAAGUGGAAGAGUAUAUCCCUUUGCUCGUGACAUCACUCCACUGAUUUAAAGACUGUAUUGCGAGUGGGAACCUGUCGUUUAUGAUUUUACCAAUGUCAAUGGGUAAGGUGUUGUGUAAGUGCUACCUUUUCUUUCAUGGGUGCUGGGUUCUUUGUUUAUUCAGGAGGG